CCUAGGGGCGGAGCCAGGAGACCAUAGCUGAGGGGCGGAGUCUAGUGGUGAAAGGCUCAAUGAUGGGGAGGAGCCUCAGGUUGGGAGCCCCAAGGGAAGGCAUUUGUGGACGGAGCCAAGGAGAGGGGGCGGUGCUACUGGAUGAGGUCCGGACUGGAGUAAAGAGGACGAGGCAGGGUGCGGUAGGCUACGGACUCCUGGGAGGCGGAGCCAUUGGGAUCUGAGUCCGCGAGGGUGGGACGGGGUCGAGUACUGGCAUUAGUUCUGCGCAGAACAAGUUCUGGGACUGGAUCCGAAGGCCGGGGGCGGGAUAGGGGCGAGGCCCGGACGCCAGGACUCCGCACGCUGUGUGCGCAGGCUCAGUGUGCGUUACGCUGGGCAGUCCCUUACGCCGGGCGGCUAACAUGGCUGCCUCCAGGUGGCUACGCGCGGUUCUUCUGUUUCUGUGUGCCUCGGACCUUCUGUUGCUCCCUCCUCCUGAAGCCUACGCGACCGACACCCCGGGCGAGGCCCCCCCACCUCCACGGAAAAAGAAGAAGGACAUCCGCGAUUACAACGAUGCGGACAUGGCGCGACUUCUGGAGCAGUGGGAGAAAGAUGAUGACAUAGAAGAAGGAGACCUUCCAGAACACAAGAGACCCUCGGCACCUAUUGACUUCUCAAAGCUAGACCCAGGCAAGCCUGAGAGCAUCUUGAAAAUGACAAAGAAAGGGAAGACUCUGAUGAUGUUUGUCACUGUCUCAGGGAACCCUACUGAGAAGGAGACAGAGGAAAUCACCAGCCUGUGGCAGGGUAGUCUGUUCAACGCCAACUAUGAUGUUCAGAGGUUCAUCGUGGGAUCAGACCGCGCCAUCUUCAUGCUCCGGGAUGGGAGCUACGCCUGGGAGAUCAAGGACUUUUUGGUCAGUCAAGACAGGUGUGCUGAAGUCACUCUAGAGGGACAGACGUAUCCUGGCAAAGGAGGAGGAAGCAAGGAGAAGAAUAAAACAAAGCCAGACAAGGGUAAAAAGAAGGAGGGAGAGCCCAAACCACGGGCUUCCAAGGAAGACAAUCGAGCUGGGAGCCGAAGAGAAGACCUCUAGCAGGUUGGCAAGCUUCCCGCUGGGUAGGCAGGACCAGAUAGCCCCUUGCAGACUGGUGGGGCAGGUGGGGGAAGGAAACUGCCUAGCAGAUGACAUUCUCAUGUCCUCUAGGAAGGGUCUGUGUGUGACCGUCGGGUCAGUAUCACAGUUACCAUAUAAAAGGCUUCACAUGUGAAGGCAGGAUUUGUGAUUGGUAGUGGACUGGCAUCACCUGACUUGGAAACUUGAUAGACCUUUGUACCUCUUCCAUCUUGUGAGUCCUUGACACCCCAGGGUACCACUCCCUCCUCACUGCACCUGCUGUGGUCCAUGGCCUGUGGUGUCUGUCUGUUACAAGCUCAAGUCAGACAAGCUCUGAGAACCUUUGCCUUGACUGAAACAGGCAUGGAUUGUUCGGUGAGUGAAGAUAAACAUGCCCUACGAGCAGGGCUAGUGCUGUACGCCCAGGAUCUGGAUAGCAAACCCAUUAUGCAGACCGUGCAGAUUCACAACAGUGCCAUCCAGAAGUCCUAAGAAGUCAUUUCACGGCUUGCGUCCUCAUCAGUUCAGGGGAUCCACUGUCUCCCAGUCUUCCGGUGGUUGUUGAGGGAAUGCUCUUAUGCCUCCUGUGAGGAAAGGAGGAUGCUUCAGCUUGAGGGCUCACGUUCUGCAUAGCCCGACAACUAUAAAGUUGGUGAGGAGGGACCAGCAGAAUCUUCCGUAGGAGUGGACCUCAUCUACAGUGUUUCUAAGUGGUUUCUUUGAUAAAGUGCCUAAGCUUUUGUAUGGUACUCUCAUGAUGUGCUACUGUUCACAUCUGUUUUUGCUGUUCAUAGGUUGAAGCUUAUAUAAAAGAACAUUUCUAUGAGGCUGCCAUUCUUAAGAACUUACAUUCUUUAAAACCAAGAUUGUGGUUUUAAAUUCAAAAUAAUACAUGUACACAUACCCAGCUAGCUAGUGUCACUAUUAGUGUGUCACAGUGUGAAGAAUUGCCCUACCCUGCUGCCAGUACUUUGUCCCAGUGAAACUACUGUUGAUCAUUGGUUUUUCAAAAAUAAAGUACAUUUACCGGCUUCCA